AUGGCGGGACUCGGAUCGAAAACACGCAAAUUAGCGAGGGCGCGGAGCGAAGUUCAGCCGAAAGCAAAUACGAUGCAGCGUUUUCAAUUUGCCGUCAUCAUUAUUUGUGUGAUAAAUGCUAAAGGAUAUUAUGUUAACAACACCGCUCCAUCAGAUAUUGACGCUCGAUAUUUAAUUGAUGUUGGAGUGAAAACAAACGAUGCUAAAUUGGAGGCUGUUGGAAUAGCCAUUAAAAAUCUCCAUCAACAUACUUGUGAUGGUUGGUCAACUUGGUCAAAGUGUACUUCAAACAUUUUUCGUUAUUUUGGAAUAAAGCAGCGUACCAGGAAAUGUGUCAACACAUCUUUGGGAAAUGAAACAGACUUACGCUUAUGUAGGAAUCGAUGUCCGUCUGACUAUAAAACAACAUCUAAUAGGUUUUGUAUAAAAUUACAUACCUCUGCAAAAUUACAUUCUGAAGCAGAAAACUACUGCAAGUCAGAGGGUGGACAUUUGAUUCAUAUCAACUCACAGGCAAAAUAUGAUGCGAUUGUUGGAAUGGAUUUUCCAAAUAAUUUGGCUUCUUAUAUACAUAUUGGUGGACAGCGGAAAGACGUGAACUCAAACUGGACGUUCAACGACGGAACAAGAAUGUCAUUCUUCAGAUGGGCACCAAAUGAACCGAGUAAGAUUUCGCAGGAGUUAUGUUUAUUCUUGGAGACGAAGCCAAAGACUAUGCAUGAUGGAGCGUGUCGUCAAAAGGCUCCUUACCUAUGUGAAAUCACUGACAUAAAUAAGUAAAUAAAAAUAUCACGUUACUAUAUUAAAAUGAAUAUCAAAUAAACAUAAAGUGUUUACGUACACCUGUUAACUUCGAAACUGUCGCGAUUUCGUUCAGCAGAUAAAUACUUUUCACAUAUUUCAAUGAUAUUUUAUUUUGUUUAUUUUCAGUUUUCAAUUAAAAAUAUAAAUCUGCAUCAUUGGAAUGUGUUUCAUCUUCUCUUUAACAUAACGUUUUUUAAAAGGUGCAAAGCUUAUAGUAACAAUUCAUAGUAAUGUCUACAAUAUCAAUCGGAAAAUCCUCGGCUAUUAUGUAUAAUAAUCUCGGAGUUGAUACGUGACACGUGGUUUAGAUGUAAAAAGAAACAAAGAGUGAAAUCUUAGACGGAUAUUUAUAUUUGACAUCCAAAGGAAAAUGAAGUGUAUUUCGGUAAAAUUAUGAUUGAAAAUAUGUCUGACAAUCAUAACCAAUAUAAUAAUGCCCACGAAUGUAAAGUUUUAAACAAAUCUGAAUUAAUUAAAUUCAACCGGCAUUUUGCACUUUCGGUUUCUACAACCUUUAUGAAAGUAUAUAAAUAAUGUAGUGUUUACAUAUAUAUCUGUAAAUUUAUUUAAUUUAGAUGGACGUGGUGUAAACAUAGUCAUUAACUCCUAGCAUUAUAUUCUGAGCGUUGGUUAGACCGAAAGACCGUUUCCGUUCUGUGCAGUUCGAAGUCCUUAUCCGAAGACUGACGGAAUGGGCCGAAAAGUUGCGAUUGUCCCAACUGUU